AUGAACGACGACGUUGAGAAUAAAGAUGUACCAGAACAGUCGCAAUCUGAAGGUAUCAUGAUUCCCACGAAGAGUGGCAAGAAAUGUCUGCUGAUGUUGGACAGUUAUACAUAUUCGCAGAUUAAUUAUUCAGCGAAUUGGUGCUGUUCAUCUAAGAGGCAGGGCUGCACGGCGCGCCUGCGCAGGACCCAUGUGCGGUUCAUACCAACGGAAAGGGGCAAGUACAUAUUGGUGCUUAAAGGAUACACGUAUUCUCAAGUAGGAGGGAGGUUCUUCUAUUGUUCUUCGAAGCACACAGGAUGUAGAGCGCGAGUAAGGCUCAUAUCGGGCCAGCUGGUUGUGUCUGGAGACAAGCACAAUCACCCGCGACCAUCUCAUGCGCGUUGUGGGAACGGCGCUUUUGUGCCGCUGCGCCCGCGCAGCGAAGUCCUAUCUCCCACUCCCACUAUACUCCCUUCCCCACUCAGUUCACCCAGUGUAGCUGCACUCGCUCUCCAGGCCCUAGGCUUCCCAAGGCUGUUACCCAAAACAGAUAUGUGGCUUCGGACGCCCAAUCCUGAAGAAGUAAAGAAAGAUCUAUAA